AUGGCCAUUGGAGCUAGGAUGAUCAGAAAUUGCGCCUUCUUGGCUAGCUCCACGAGAGGGCCACAUCGUGUUGUUGCGAAGCACUUUGAGAAGAUGUACAAACUCCUCAACUGCAUCGUCUUGGGCGAUGAUCCCAGCCAUAUAUUUGAGAUCAAGAUUGAACCAACAGAGAGUGUCAGCGCCCUCAGACAGGCUAUCAAGGACGCGAAGAAGCCACAUUUUGACCAUGUUGCUGCUGACGAUCUUGAGCUAUGGAGGGUCGACCUGCCUGCCGACGAGGCGCCCAAAAACCAUACACUUGAUCCAAAGCAAAGCCUGUCAGCUGUGGCUAAAUUGUCCAAAUUUUUCUCUGAACAACCCAACGAAGAACACCUGCAUAUCGUUGUCCAACCGCAGCAUACCGUUCCUGUAGUGCCACGCAUUCCACUUGUUGAUACACGGUUGGCUUAUCUCAAGAAGGCCUCAGGUGCUCCGUCAGCUGGUGCAAAACCGGCCUCAUUCGCUGCAACACAGGAUAAGGAAGAGUACCUUUGCAAUCGUCCUCGCAGGGUCGCGGACUCUCUUCCAGUUACUCUUCUCGACCCUAUCUUUGGCGAAUUUGUGGAUGAUUGUCAAAAUUAUCAACCAACUGACCACGAUAACGAAUUUGUUUGGAAACUUUCGGAAAAUAUGUCCUCCUUCCAUCCCGAUGAGCUCACGCGGAUGAAUGUAUUCAGGCAACUGCUCCGCGGCUACGGUAUCAUACUCCAUUCUUCUGCGAUUGGCUCGACAAAAUAUACGACUGACGGACAUCUUUUGUCCGCCGACGGAAAUUUUGUGCAGGUGAUAUUGGAGGGGAAAAAUGAGAUCGGAGGCCGCGGUGCCGAACCAUUCGCGGAGUCAAUAUUGUACUACCACAAGAUUCUAAAAGAGUCGAACGCUGGAGUAGAGAAGUUUCGGUCUGUACUCCCAUGCAUCCAUAUCAUUGUCUUUGGGGCAUGCAUUGGCUUUGCUGGCUCUGUUUUCAUCGAAAAAGUCCAAUGUGAUGUCCUGGCCCCUAUCAUUCCUCUGUUUUGGCAUUCAACGGACCUCCGUAUGCAAGAGAUGGCAGCUCGAACUUUCGGAGCUCUCAAAAUUGCCAUCGAGAAACUCGAAAAGCUGUACUCGAGUCCAAUUAUCCAUCUCGAAGCUGAAGAUUCUCUAAGACAUCCCUAUCCUCAGACAUAUACCUCUUCAAGCGGUCACAUUCAGGAAUUCUCGUAUGACAAGACUCAGAUGCUCAGGGAUCGACGUAUCUUCUUCGGGAAAACCAUCAAUGACGCAGCUGAGAGCAAGAUAUGUAUCAAGUUCGUCAGACACUAUUCCCCUGAGGCCCACAGAUUCUGUGCCAACCAGGGGCACGCUCCGGAUCUUAUCGCCUACGAAACUUUAGCCGGCGGCUGGAAAAUGGUGAUUAUGGAUGCGCUUGAUAUUGAUGAGGGUCUCCUCGCGCAACGGCCUGGCUCAUAUCGACCGCUGAGCGCGAUGGCUGUUUCGGAACGCCUGCCACUGAAGGAGGCCAUCACGUGUCUUAUCGAGGAGCUACACAAAUACAACGGCGGCUACGUUCAUGGCGACCUUCGGGAUACCAAUUUCGUUGUGGGAGACGACAAUCAAUUCAUGCUGUUCGAUUUCGAUUGGGCUGGACCGAUCGAGAAGGCCCGUUAUCCUAUGCAUGUUAAUCGGACGGAUAUUCGACGUCCUGAAGGCGUGUGUGAUGGGAAGAAGAUUGUGGCGAAGCAUGACUUGGAAAUGCUGAAGUAUCUGUUUCCUGAGCAAGAUGGUCGGGAGCCGGUUAGGAAGCGCCCUCGUCUUUCUACUGGUGAAGGGUCGUCAAUUUGA